CGCUCAUGCGCAGACAGAGGGCGCUGAGCGGAGGGGGAGGUGGCCGGCAGCUUGUCUCUCGUCCGCCAUUUUGUUGCUGUGGCUAUUGGGAACCGGCUGGGGAAAACCGCCCCGGUGGCGCGACGCUCUUUGGAGGCCCGAGCUUCGUGUAACAGAGGGAUCGAUGCAGAUUCGUGGGGCUGUUGGAGCCGCCAUUUUCCAGGCUGGGAGUCACUGGAGAUACGCCGGGUAGCCUAAGAGCUCCGGGGCGGCCUCCGCUGCGGUUCGUUUUCUCCCGUUGAGACCCUUGGGCUCUGUCCCGUGUUUCCUGGACCGGCUGUCUCCGUGAGGCAGUCCCGGAGCAAGCGCAAGGCGGCGGAGGAUGCUGCGGGCCCGGAGCGCAGAGGAAGGUGCUGGUCCGUCCCGCUAAACGCGCCUCGAGGUUGCCUAGAGGCCCUUUCACAGCCCUGAGCACUACGCAAAGGAACGGGCGAGAGCAGCCGACGCUCGGACCCGAUACCAUGUCCUCCGCUAGGUUCGACUCCUCGGACCGCUCUGCCUGGUAUAUGGGGCCGGUGUCUCGCCAUGAGGCGCAGACCCGACUCCAAGGCCAGCGCCAUGGCAUGUUUCUGGUCCGCGACUCCUCCACCUGCCCCGGGGACUACGUGCUGUCGGUGUCAGAGAACUCGCGAGUCUCCCACUACAUCAUCAACUCCCUGCCCAACCGCCGUUUUAAGAUCGGGGACCAGGAAUUUGAAAAUUUGCCAGCCUUGCUGGAAUUUUACAAGAUUCACUACCUGGACACCACCACCCUAAUCGAGCCAGCGCCCAGGUAUCCAAGUCCACCAAUGGGAUCUGUCUCAACACCCAACCUGCCUACAGCAGAAGAAAAUCUGGAAUAUGUUCGGACUCUCUAUGAUUUUCCUGGGAAUGAUGCUGAAGACCUGCCCUUUAAAAAGGGUGAGAUCCUAGUGAUAAUAGAGAAGCCUGAAGAACAGUGGUGGAGUGCCCGAAACAAGGAUGGCCGGGUUGGAAUGAUUCCUGUCCCUUAUGUUGAAAAGCUUGUGAGAUCCUCACCACAUGGAAAGCAUGGCAAUAGGAAUUCCAACAGUUACGGCAUCCCAGAACCUGCUCAUGCAUAUGCUCAACCUCAGACAACAACACCUCUACCUGCAGUUUCCAGUACUCCUGGGGCAGCGGUCAACCCUUUGCCCUCUACACAGAAUGGACCUGUCUUUGCGAAAGCAAUCCAGAAAAGAGUACCCUGUGCUUAUGACAAGACUGCCUUGGCAUUAGAGGUUGGUGACAUUGUAAAAGUCACAAGGAUGAAUAUAAAUGGCCAGUGGGAAGGCGAGGUGAAUGGGCGCAAAGGGCUUUUCCCCUUUACGCAUGUCAAAAUCAUUGACCCUCAAAACCCAGAUGAAAAUGAGUGAUUGCUAUUGCCCUGUUUUCCAGCUGCUUUGUUGUUCUGCCUGUCAUAGUCUCCUUGAAGUGGAAAAGCAUUCUCUCUCAUAGGCAAGUUACACUGCAUUGCCAGCGUCCAGCUUUCUGCAGGCUGGAGGUCUCUCAUCCACAUUUGGAAUGCACACAGCGGCUGCCUUCUGGCGUUUGUAUCAUAGUCGUAUCGUCAAAGAAGUAGCCGGUUUUAGAAUUCUUCUGGAUAACAAACUGGAAAUACUGGUGGAAGCACACAAGUGGAGAGAAGUUGACAAGGAAAAGGUCUUCCUUCUCCUCCCUACCCUGAUUGUACUUGGUACCAAUUUGUCACGUUCGUCAGAGAAAGCUUGAGGCCACAGCAAGAUCCUGUCUUAUUGCUGUUUCAAAGAGCAGUGACUCUGCCACCAACUCGUUUUUCCUUGGACAACAGAGGAACCAUAAGGAAGAGAGAAUUCUGUCCUGAAUCCCUCACAUAAGGCUUUUCUAUGCGUUUUCUUUGUUUUGGUUUGGUUUUGGAAGAUGUGUCCUGAACAGAUUUUUGAGUAGCAGGUUGGAUUUUUGUGAUAGCCCAAGGAAUGACAUGUGCCUCUGAGCUUCUAUACUGAAGCUGCUGUAACUAAAAGAAUAUAGAAAGAACAACUCUGAAGCGGAGGCCUUUACUGUCUUGGUUGCCAGUCGUACCCUGUUUUGCCAUGUAGCAAACACAAAAUCAGCAGUCAUAGUGUGCCAAGCUUUGCACACAGCCUCUUGGAUUACUGUGUCCCAAAAGCAUGAGAGUGGUGGGUGAUUCUGGGAAACCUUUGCUUACUGAUCUUGUUUGCCAGUGACAGAAGCAAUGAGGAGGGGGGGAGCACUUAGCUAGUUUCUUCUCUAGCUUUUCAGUAAACAUAUCCCUUUAAGAUAUAGGACUAAAGUUUCUUGUAAAAUUUAGGUUGUUCAUAGGAUCAUUAGAUUCAUUAGUGAAUCAUUAAACUGGAUCAUUCGAUCUCCUUGCAGAAGCCCACCCCAGUUCUCAUGCUGCCAGAGAAAGAUGGUGCUGUUCAUGCUGGUUCCAUGUUCCCAAGUAAAGGAAAUGCAAGCUCAGAAAACUGGUUAGUACACUUGAGAUGUAGUGUUGUAGUGAAUAGGAAGAACCCUUAACCAAUUUACCAUUAACCACUCAUCAAUUUGUUAAUCUGAAAACAUUUUUCUCUUAGCUGAAAGGGGACUGUUUUUACAAGCCAGCUGGUACAAACGUGUGACCAGUCCCUCAUCUGCACAUGGCAGUCUAGAAUUCUGGAACCUAUAUAGUUCAGUCCAUUCUCCUUUUGGGACCUUGGUGAAGACUACCCUCAGCUCAAUAUGAAUACAUCAAACUUGGAAAUGUAGCAACAACCUAGAAAGUAAUUCUAACAUUUAUGAAGCGUCUGCUGCAACUGUGAUCCUGUCUUUGGAGGUUUUGAGGAUUGAAGCAAUGUAUUCUGGUGACAGAACCAGCAAAACCAUGAUAUUUCUAUUUAUUUUUUUAGUUUCUCUGUAACUUGAUAUUUUGUCAGGUUGAUAACUGCCAUUUUAAAGAAUCUUGAGAGCGUUCCUUUGGCAAAAUCAUGGUGAAUUGGAAGAAACACCUCAGCUGCCUAUAUGUGGUUUUCUUAAAAAAGGCAUAGAGGGGGCUGGGGAUUUAGCUCAGCAGCAUACGCACCCGCCUUGCAAGCAGGCGGUCAUGAGUUCAAUCCCCGGUACCGAUAAAAAUGAAAAAAAAAAAAAAAAAAAAAAAAAGGCAUAGAGCUCCAUGUUUCAUUAACCAAUGAAAGGUGUUGCCACCUUCUGUGCUGAAGCCAGUCCUCUUGCUCUUGCCUUUUCUGCCAAGGUCUGUUAAGUGGGGUUGUUCUCUUGCAGGCUCAGCCUGAUACCCACAAGUGGUAGACAUGUGACAGAGUCUCCAAACUCUUAGAAACAGUGCUUACCUUCUGGUAGUAACCUGGUUCAUCCCUGCCUUGGUUGUUACUUGUACCUGGGUAUUAGUGAAAUACCCAGUGAAAUAAAGUGAAAUACAUGUCUUCUUCAAAGAGGGCAUGGGCCCUAAGGCCUUUCUAAACCAGAUUGAGUUGAAUUUCUUGACACCUUUUGAUUACAACAGAAGGCUUACAGUACAAACAGUCAGUGGCCAUUUUGGAAUGCAGGGUGGGAUGUCAGCCAGGGCUGCUGAUCCACCCCUUGUGGAGCACUUGAGAAUCAAAACACCAGAUAAACCUAGAGUUUGGUUUUAUGAGUUACUUUAAGCCCAUGUAAAUGUCUCCAGGGCUGCCUGGGAGAUUAUGAGCUUGGCAUAACUUGAGCCUUGAGUUCUGAACUCUCAAGAGGAUGUGCCAAAAGUAGUAAUUUUUGACUUAGAACUUUAUCAGUUUUUUAAUCAAGCAGGGAAAUUCCUCUUUCACACUAAAUAAUAGAAAGCAGCAUCCCUGCAUGGACUUCAUACCCAGCUUCCUGCUGGUCUAGGAAGAGAUUCAUGCUUCAUACAGCAGUGUGAAUUUUAGCCAGGGGCAGGCUUUCUUUUAUGAUUGUUCAUUGUUGCUACUUGCUCUGCUCAACUGUGUAUAGAAAAUAUCUGGAUGUUAAAUUAACUCGCUAUGGUUUUUCACCUGGAAAUGAAACAAAUUAUAUAUAGGGGGCAUUGACAUUCUGAUUAAAAACUUGCUUGUCCUGGGAAGAACCUCCAAUACAGGAGACUUCCUUGUCAUUUCUGCGCUGCAUGGCACCACCUAAUGACAUGUUUAGCAAAAAGGAAGCAUUGACCACCUGUUAGAUGACCUUGGUCACCCAGACUUGACACCUCAUAUGCUGAAGGGAAGGAGGAAAAGACUGCUGCCCCUGCUUGGAGCUUCGUGCCCCUGGCCUUCCUUCACAGCUGUUUACAGACAAGGCAGGCCCGAGGUGAACGGCCAACUGCUCUUGUGACUUUGCUCAGAGGAUUAUGAACAUUUUUUUUUUUUUUUUUGAAAAGGGAUGAUGUGUUUUUGUGCCAGGUGUGUAUAAUUUAAUCCUUAAUAUUAUGUUCAUUAACCUCUUAAAUGAGUGAAUUCUUGAUUGUUGUAACACAGUUUCUAAGACUAAAUGCUUUCUGUGGACACCACUGAGCUCUGCCUCAAACUCCAUCCUCUGGGACUGGAGAGCCAUGUCGCCAGUAACUGCUGUCAGUGUGAACACUGAGCUGUUUGUGUGUUAUAAAAGAAGUAGAAGGACAGUUCUCUGAGACAGGAUCGUUGUCCCUGCAGGAGGAACAGUGGCCUUGCUUCUAGACGGUCUUCACUGUGUGUUUUAAAACAACAACAAUGUAAAACUCUUUUGACCUGUAACUUAAAAAUCAUAAACUUCAGGCAAUAAUAUUUUCUGUGUAAGCUUUUAAAAUUAUUUUUGGGAUCAUAGCUUGUUUUAUUUUGUGCUAUAAAAUUAACAGUAUUAAAUGACUUAUAUUCUUAGAAUACAUUGAGUGUCCUUUCUUAACAGAUUAGUGCCUUUUUAUUUUUGUAUUCUAUUUUACGUUACUGGUCCCAGCAUCAAACCCUUGUCUCCAUGGCCUGUUUGUACAUUGUCUCAAUAAAACUUGCAUCAGCCGGUGGUGGCAGCAGCGGC